AUGUGUCAAACUAAAAACUUGAAUUUAGUACCACCAAGUCUUGAAAAACGAUUGGAAGCUGCUGAAGAAGCUAAUUCACAACUACAACAACAAAAUGCAAACCUGCAAGCACAACUACAAACACAAAACACUACAAUUCAACAACAACAAAUACAAAUAACACAGCUUCAACAACAAAUAACUGAACCAGCACGAACACCAGUUCGACGUCGACGGGUCCUACGUCUUCCGUCAGAAAGCGAAGACUAA